AAAUUAAUAUCGCGUAGAAAGGCUUGUGUUAUUUUCACCGUCGGCUCAUUAAGAUUUGAAUGAGUGCCGGCUGUUGGUAUAUCUGCAUAAAUAAAUAUACGAAUAAUUUAAAUUUAAUUUGCAGAACAUAUAUUGUAUAAAUAAACAGUUGAGUUUGAGCAUUCAUUUGUAUACCAUUAGUACAAAGACGGGCGUAUUUUAAUAUAAAAUAAAGUAAAAUUAUUUAAAUUUCUCUGUUAUCGAAUCUUCGUUAGUAUUUGUGUUUUUAUUAAAAUAGCCUGAAAGUGCAUUUUUUGCGGUCAUAUUGUUUUAUUUUUAACAGAAAAGUAGGCAAAAGCAUGGUACAUAGUAAUUUUCGAAGAUUUUGAAACUCUUAUAGGCGCAACAGUAGCGGGAAACUCCGAGCAAAGCCCUCUCCGUUGCCCUCUGAGCGACCAUAAGCUUUCUGAACAGGCCCAUACUUAGCGACAACGUCUGCAUACCGCAAAAAAGCACACCGAAAUCUGUCCUAGAUAUCCAGAUUUCUUGAAGAAAGUCUUCAGUAGAAAAUUAAAUGGCACCAAAUCAGUCUGAAGGGGAUUUGUUGAGGCAACCAUUCGAAGACCUGGAAAAGCUAGUGCCAGGUCGUUUCACACCGAGGAAGUACGUCAUCGACUACCCCCACGUGGCGCUGUUUGGUUAUGGACACGCAGCAGCCUGUUAUGGCCUAUAUCUGGCUAUUACUAAGGCCUCAUGGGAUACCAUAUUUUUCAAUUGGUUUAUAUUUAUGCUGGCGUCUGUCGGAGUGACAGCCGGCGCUCAUCGCCUGUGGAGUCACCGGGCCUUCAAAGCGAAACUUCCGCUUCAGAUACUUCUGAUGGUGAUGCAGACUCUGUCAUUCCAGAGAACUGUGGCUCAUUGGGUGCGAGACCAUCGACUACAUCACAGAUACAGUGACACCGACGCAGAUCCACACAAUGCUUCCCGCGGCUUCUUCUUCUCUCACAUCGGGUGGUUGCUGGUAAAGGAACACGAAGAAGUGGAGAAGAGGAUCAAUGAUGUAGAUUUGAGCGACAUACUCUCCAAUCCUGUGCUAAAGUUUCAAUACGACUACGCAGAACCAUUCAUCAUCAUUAUCAGCUUGCUACCUCCAACAAUAAUACCGGUAUACUUCUGGGGAGAGAGCCUGAACAUUGCUUGGCAUCUGGCCGUCCUCCGCUGCACAAUAAACCAACACAUGACCUUCCUGAUUAACAGUGCCGCUCACAUUUGGGGCAACAAACCCUACGAUCGCAGCAUUAAGCCAACCCAGAAUCUGUCGGUGUCAGUGGCCAGUUUCGGAGAGGGCUUCCACAACUACCAUCAUACUUUCCCCUGGGACUAUCGGGCAGCAGAACUUGGGAACAAUUGGCUGAAUAUGACAACGUUGUUUAUCGACUUCUUCGAGUGGAUCGGAUGGGCUUACGAUUUGAAAACCGUGGAUAAAAAUAUUGUCAGGAAUCGCGCGAAAAGGACCGGUGAUGAAAGCGACCUUUGGGGGUUGAAAAAAACUUUUAAGAAAGAUAACUUUGAGCAAAAAAUUUUUGAAUAAAUGCAUUCAUUUAUCGAUUUGAUGUGUAAUGUCUUUGCACUUGGUUGCUAGAUAUUAUUUGUGGGAUUGAUUUUGUAAAAAUGGACAGAACUGUAUUAUAUGAACCCGUCGGAGAGAUGGCUGUGAGAUCGUGCCAAUGUAUUUUGAGUGAGGUUGGUACCACGACGAAGUGUAAGGCCAACUUAAUAAUGUGUGCGUGUAUGUGACGAGUAAGAAAAAGGGAAAUAGAAAAGGUGAAUGCAUCAACUGUGCAAGUAUUUAUCUACAGUUGUACAGUGUUGUGUAUAAAAUCUAGGGUUAUAUUUAUAAAUGUAAUUAUUCGCAUAAAUAUUUUAGUGUGGAUCUUUUUCAUACUUCAAGGUUACUUCCUGUCGCUGUCAAUAUUUUUAUUGUGAUUAAAAGUUUGUCCGGAUUACAAAAAAAAUUGAUAAUUUUGAUUUGUAGAGAUGGGUAAAUCCAGAGGAGAAUUUUAACUUAACGAUAAAAGAGUAGGAUUAUAUUACAGAUAAUACUACUGUUAGGCUAGGUAGUAUGUUAAGGUUGUUAAUUUAUAAUUUAUUCGUAGCCAUCGUAAUCCAUUGAUCUGUCCAAACUUACGUAGAAAACGAGCAAUAUCAAUAUGUUCACCUUCUUAAGUCACCAAUAGAUGUCGCUCACUUAUUCUGUGAAUAUAAUUGAAAUACGCUAUUACAAUUUUAUUUUAUUUAUUUAUUUUUAUAUCAUGUUGUAUUCUGUGAUUCCUUUGGGUUCUGUUAAUAAGGAGAGUUUUUCUAGUAGUGGUGUGAAUUAUAACACUACCGUAGUUAGGAAUUAGGAUAUGAUGAGUAAUGUAUUAUUGGUCAAAUUCAACUCGUGACUUCUAAAGUUAUGUCUGUACCGCCAUCUGUUAGCGUGUUUUGAAAAUUAUUUAAUGCAUAUACACACAUAUACCUAUUAUUUAUGUUACCUACAUAACUAUGAUUAUUACAAUAAUAAAGCAACAAAAAAAAUCAAGUAA